GGGUUAACCCAAAUUCUGAAAUUACAAGUGAAAGAGAAAAUAGUAAAUUGUUUAAUAUGGAUUGCGCAGCAAUAAUUCUUAAGACAUUAGGAACAGAAGUUCUGAUGCUAUAUCUUCUUGUUAUUCAAGCAAUAUCAAAAUUCUUUGUGCUGUCAAUUUGUUUUCGAUUAAAACGGAUUCCUAUUGCAGAAGGAUUUUCAAAUUUUUCUGUUGACUCCUCAUCAAAGCGAAUGACUCACCAAUGCAACCAUUUGAAACCAAAAAUUUUGAUGUGGGCACAAAACCCUCGCAAACCUCAGUUUACCACUUGCGGAAAG